AUGCAGUUUAUUUCAAUCAUCAGCGCUCUGUCCCUUGUAGCUGGCUCGCAUGCUUGGGCCGGCGAUGGCAAGGGAGAUUGGGUGGCUAACAACAACUGGUAUACGUGGAAGAAACUAGAAAAUGGCGGCAACUUGAGAGUACACGAAGCAUGCACCAUCAGGAACAGGAAUGAUUAUGUUUUUGAGAACAGCGAACCAUGCUCGUACUGGACAAAUGCUCAGGGUGGCCGGUUCAAAGGACAUUGCACGCGCCGCAAGUCAGGCAAAGACAUUCUCGUUGGGUGCUACUGA